GUUCUGGCUGGAUUGCCCGAACCCGCGCCCGUUUGUGACGCAUGUGUGUAUUACUAUCCUUGACUUGACUGGAGGUUGUCGAACCACACAGGACAUAACUGGACCUUUUGACCGUGGGGUUGUGAAACGGCAGUGUUGGACUUGGUCUUGGAGCAACACUGCUUUAUGUACUUCUGUCUUCUGGUCCAAGAAGCAGUUCUCUCACCUUUACUAGAUGUGUGUAUAAGAGGAGAAAGGACUCAGUGUCUCCUCACCGCUGAACCUGACUACAAUAGUCCAGGCUGGCAUGCAGGACUGUCGAUGUACAUCGUUUGUGCAAAGGACUGCAGCAGUAACAUCUUACAUCUUACAGACUACGUGAACUCUACCCCGCAUAAGGACUGUGUUGAGUGCGUUUCAACGCAUGUUUGUCAUAGGAAUAGUCAGAUGUUAAACGGUUAUCCUCUUACUCUGUGUCAGGGGUGCUUGAAUUACUGUGCUGGAGUCCUCGGCGUAGCCAAUGAUUCUCAGCCGUCACUCAGCUAGCAUACAGUGUCUAGUAUUGUCCUUGAACCUGUCAGCUUGGAUGAGUGGUGUCAAUGAGUACAAGCAUAUCACAGUCGACCACAUGUGUAAAAGGACAUAGCUCUAAGCCAGCAGCGCAACUUCACUGCUUUGGAGGGGUUUCAGUGGCACAGACAAACCAACAGGUGGCGCUAUCCUGUUGGACCCUGCCUGAAGGAUCAUGGCGGGUCUUACGUAACCGGAUCUAACAAGCACCUAAUGUCUGCAGGUUGUUCUUUCCAACCGGUUGAUGUUCAUGGGUCUAUACAUAGUACACCACCUGGAGACAUUGGAUUUAUUCUGCGGUUGGUUUCAGAGCAACAUUACCUGACAGAACGGCAUGCCUACAUCCUCAGAGUUAACCGAACUCAGGGAUUAAACGUAAGGAUCAGAAAAUGACAGGCACAGCUCCUCAGGUUUCUAAUUCAAAGACGAAUGCAAAAUAAAGAGAGGGUUUCAUGAGUGGCGGCGUUGGUUCACCAUAUGUCAGGUACCUCCUUCCCCUUGAGCAGCUGUACGUGUUCAACGUCAUGAGACAAGCAACUGUUGAGGCCAUCUGGCAACUACGGAGGUCGACGCUUGGCUACUUCUCACGUCAGAAUAUUGCUUUAUCCGCCAUUUCAAUUGAACAACAAUCUAACAUGCCUUCACGUUAGUGGGGAUUUCGGCGGCAAACUUGACCUUCAGACAAUCCGCAUUGGGCCAACUUCAUGCAUCACUGGCUCAGAUUACCCAGUGGGCAGUUUGGUCGGGUGCAGUGUAGCAGAGCAGGAGCUGGCACUGGGAAGGCCACUGCAUCAGAUAAACUGUGAAGGUUGUGAACAUUGGAGGGCAAAUGUGUUGUGUGUCUGUGUGUGUGUGUGUGUGUGUGUUUACGUGUGUGUUGUUGCCUGGGCAUGUAUAUGAGUCCUUUCUCUGGCCAGAGGGAUUCGCUAUUUUAAUUUAAACCCCAAGGUACUGGGCAGGGACAUGUAGCACUCUCUGGCUGCGGACAGAAAGGCUACGAAAAUGAGCAAUGGAGGGGAAGAGACAGGCUUGUCAUAUAGAUAUAGAAGAUACAUCAUCUCUGUCCAGACAUGCCGUUCUUACGUUGAACACUUGGUGUUCUGUCUUGGUGUUCUGUCUUUGGUCUUAAGUCGGUCGGCAUUCAAGUCUUUGAUCAGUGUUUUUCUGGCCGUUGAUUCCACUGUCAUCAGACUGCGGGAACUUUGGCCCUUAUUUUCCUUGGUGCAGAUUAUUUUGAAAGGUUUCUAAUAGUGGCUGAUGUUCCCCUCAUUUUUAAUGAACCACACAGACUAAUUGGUCCUUAUAAUUAUAAUGGCUGGAUGGAUUUGAUUCCUUCCAUUAUUGAGACAAAGGCCAGUUGGAACAAGAAUGAAUAUGCCAUCCAUCUCUUAAAUUUGAAUGGCUUUCCUGUCAUGAAUAAAACCCUGUAUUUAAAGGGGAAAUCGACCGUGAGUUUGAAAACCUUUUUAAAGUAACCAAUGACCAUUGUAGCUGGUUCAGGGACCGUUGUACCAUAUGACACUGUGCCUCUGUCAGAAUUGAAAUGGUAGAAUAUUUGUUGGAUCUUUCUGUAUUCUCUGUCUGGCGUUGGGCUAAUUGUCUUAGUUUGCUUAAGUGUCUCUUUGAUCAUCAAACUCUGGCAAUGUGCAGAGUGAAAUAAGUGUCCUCAGCUGUACAAAGAGCAUGUUUGAUGGAUGGUUGACGUUCAUUGUCGCGUUCAGUCAACCCAACCCCCGACUGUGUGCCUUUCACAUGACUGACACUCUGACAAGCCCAAUGGCCGUCCUGACCAUUCUGACUGACAUGUGCUCAGCCGCUCUGCCUCCACCUGCUCCCCUCUCUCAGCUAGCGUUGUUGACUGACUCCGUGUUCUCCGCCCACAUGCUGAGUCACACUGUAUCCCUGUCUCUGACCCUGCGCCCCUCACCUCCUGCCCCCCUCGCUUUGGAAAUCUGUGGCCCCCAGGACCAGAAGAAGAACUACAGGGCUGUACAGUCCUGCGAGGAGGGGGCUGGAGGUCUGCAGCCCCUAAUGGCCAUGGCUCAGAACGGAGGCAACAUGCACAACGUUCUCGGCCCUGCCUGCAUCUUUCUACGCAAGGGCUUCGCUGAGAGCCGGCAGGCUAAGAAGGACAGAGAGCUCCGACCAGAGGAAAUGGACGAGUUGCGCGAGGCCUUCAAAGAGUUUGACAAAGACAAAGACGGCUUCAUUGGCUGUAAAGACCUGGGGAACUGCAUGAGGACAAUGGGAUACAUGCCUACUGAGAUGGAGCUGAUAGAGCUGAGUCAGCAGAUCAACAUGAACUUGGGAGGACAUGUUGACUUCGAGGACUUUGUGGAGCUGAUGGGGCCAAAGCUUCUGGCUGAAACAGCAGAUAUGAUUGGGGUCAAGGAGUUGAGGGAUGCUUUUAAAGAGUUUGACACUAAUGGUGAUGGCCAGAUCAGCACAUCUGAACUCAGAGAAGCAAUGAAGAAACUUCUUGGUCAAACGGUUGGUCACAGAGACCUAGAGGACAUCCUACGGGACAUUGACCUGAAUGGAGAUGGCCACGUAGACUUUGAAGAGUUUGUGCGUAUGAUGUCUCGCUGAGUGACACGUUAAGCACCGUCAGGUGAUGAUACUGACUGGCACCUGUCCUGGCAGGAGAGGAAGAGAAGGCAGAGACGGCAAAGCUCUUACCAACGGACCUCCUUGCCUUGGACUUCUGAACAACAGAAAGAGCAAACAACAUAUCAACCCUGGUCUGCUACUGCCACAUCCCAAGACAAGCACAGAAGCUGAGGGAACAAUAUCAGGGAUCAUGAUGCCAUGUGCUGCUGUCUCUAACAGUGAACAACAGAAACAACUAACAUUCGGGUCAAUAGAACAACAGCCAGCCUCCCACUCUUUUAUACUGUAAAUUUUUUAGAAAAUGACAUUACUGGAUUUACAGGGGCUAAUUAUCAAUGUUAUGUUUGAGCCACUUAUGUUUGACCCAUUGCCAUGGUUGGUUAAAGCUGUAGCAAAAGGAAGUAAAGAUAUUGACCUUUUUAGCACUUUCUUACUUCUGGCAGUGUCUCAGACAACUAGCUUAAAGGACUAUUUCCCCUCUGGGACUUUGGACUCAAUAAUAAUAAUAAUGCAAUAUUCAUUUUAAAUGUACCUGCUGUCAAAAUAUGUACUGUUUGUGUAUAUGUGUGUGUGUAUGUGUGUGCACUUUUGCGCACCUACAUUUUCUUCUUUUUGGUAAUAUUCCAUGUCUAAAGCUACUGUAGUGUCAAACCUAUAUUCUGUCCAACUGUCUCUAUCUUAAAUGACAUGUAAUAUUUGCACUGAUGCACUUCUCUAGAUUUCUAUAACUAUCAAACACAUAUCGAGGUACACGACACAAGCUUUGAACAUCUGAGUUCCGGGGAAAGAGGUAGCAAUCCUAAUUCAACUGUUUACUUCUGCCCAGUGUUUUAAUUUACACAUGUUUUUGCUUGAAUUUUGAAAAUGCAUGCUUCACUUAAAAUGUAACAAUGUGCACAAUAAACACUGUAACUCCAGCAAUCAGCAACAGGAUUGCCCCAGGGCCACCGAAGUUUUUUUGUAAAGAAAUAAUAAUGAUUAACUUUUUUUGUGGUAUUUUUGUUCAUUGGCGCAAUUUUAGUAUUGGCAGAAAUAAAACAAGAGGCAUGUGGUUGUGUCUCUAUGUAAUCAAGGUGUACAAUUACUGUUAUUUUUGCAUACAUUUUCGGGGUUUAGUUGUGGUCAAUAUGCAGCCUAGACAUAUUUUUGUACAAUUAUUAUAAUUUGUAAUUUUUUUUAAAGGCUUGAAUAACAAUCGGCCCAUAAAUAGAUCUAGUUGCCUACUCAUGCUUUAAUUUAUUGUGAUGAUCAACAUAAUUGUGUCUGUGUGUAAAUGAUUCGUGUACUUCUGUACUGGUAAGAAUGAGGCCCCAAUGAUGUUAUUUGUGACUUGUCUUGUGUGAUUCUAUGCAUGCCAAAUACUGAAAUAACGAGUAGCAGAGUAGAUGACAAUAAACAGUCUCAUUGGAAUUGUACACUGUGUCUACAUGUAUGUGUGACCUCUAUAAUCACAACCGACAGUGACAGUAUCAGACUGAACUGGAAGUAGUGGUCUUCAGAAAGUAAUCAGCUCUUUUGACUUUUACUACAUUAACAAUAUGGAUGUGUGUUGUCCAAAAUUCAUUAAAUUACACAAAAUAAUGACAUAUUUUGAUUAGUAGAGAGUCUAGGGAUAACAUCCUGUCAGCGGUUCUAGGCAGUGACUUUCAUCCCAGGUGCAAGGGAUUCUUUCUUGUGUUUCUGGCGUACUACCUGGUGGAGCAUCAAACAAAUAAAUAGCUCAGUCCAAUAUGA